CCGAGAGAUGAGAGAGAGGCGGCUGGGCAGAAGUUCCAGACGAUCCCCCCGGUGGCCUCAUGUCGCACAGCGGAGAGGGCCCUGAGCAGCGCCAGCAGCUGUUAGAGGCAGAGGCCACGGCCACAGCCUUCCGGGCAAGCGAACAUCAGCCUAUCCGCUACAACCCGCUACAAGAAGAGUGGGUGCUGGUGUCAGCUCACCACAUGAAGUGGCCCUGGCAGGGGCCAGUAGAGCCCCCACUUCUGAAGACAGUGCCCCGCCAUGACCCCCACAACCCUCUGUGUCCUGGGGCCACACAGGACAAUGGAGAGGUGAAUCCUCACUAUGACAGCACUUUCCUGUUUGACAAUGACUUCCCAGCUCUGCAGCCUGAUGCCCCCAAUCCAGGACCCAGCGAUCACCCCGUUUUCCAAGCUGAGCCCGCUCGAGGAGUUUGUAAGGUCAUGUGCUUCCACCCCUGGUCAGAUGUGACACUGCCACUCACGUCAGUCCCUGAGAUCUGUGCUGUCAUCGAUGCAUGGGCGUCAGUCACAGAGGAGCUGGGUACCCAGUAUCCUUGGGUGCAGAUCUUUGAAAACAAAGGAGCCAUGAUGGGCUGUUCCAACCCUCACCCCCACUGCCAGGUGUGGGCCAGCAGUUUUCCACCAAACGUUGUCCAGCAUGAGGAGCGAUCUCAGCGGGCCUAUCAGAGUCAGCAUGGAGAGCCCCUGCUGAUGGAGCAUGGCCGCCAGGAGCUGCUCAGGAAGGAACGUCUGGUCCUAACCAGUGAGCACUGGUUAGUGCUGGUCCCCUUCUGGGCCGUGUGGCUCUUCCAGACACUGCUGCUGCCCCCUCAGCAUGUGUGGCAGCUGCCUGAGCUGACCCCUGCUGAGGGCGAUGAUCUAGCCUCCAUCAUGAAGAAGCUCUUGACCAAGUACAACAACCUCUUUAAGACGUCCUUUCCCUACUCCAUGAGCUGGCACAGGGCUCCCAGAGGAUCAGAGGCUGGAACCCCCUGGGACCACUGGCAGCUGCAUGCUCAUUACUACCCUCCACUCCUGCGCUCUGCCACUCUACGGAUAUUCAUGGUUGGCUAUGAACUGCUUGCCCAGGCUCAGAGGGACCUCACCCCCGAGCAGGCUGCGGAGAGACUAAGGGCACUUCCUGAGGUCCAUUACCGCCUGGGGAAGAAGGACAGGGAGACAGCAGCCAUUGCCUCACCACGCUGA